CCUGCUUUCCAGGACAGCCUGGGGACAAGCACCCAGCCCGCCCUACCUGCUACCACUGCCUCCACGUGACCUGAAGGACAGAACUGCUGUGGCCGCCCCUAGAGGGCCUGAGAUGACGCCCUUACCUGAGCAGCCUGUGGCUGAACAACCACAUAAAGUGGAAGAAGAAAAUAAGGAGAAUACUCCUGCUAAUGAGGAAACUGGCAAUUAUUAUAAAGAUACAAAACAAUAUGUGUUUACAACGCAAAAUCCAAAUGGCACACAGUCUGAAAUAUCUGUGAGAGCAACAACUGACCUGAAGUUUUCUCUAAGAAACUAACCAACCCAGAGUCCAAAUGAGCCUGCAUUUUGGACAAUGUUAGCUAAAGCUAUAAAUGCAACCACCAGUGAGGACAACCAACGAGAUCAAUUUUUUCACCCAAUUCCAAACUCUGAUCUGAAUGCUACAGAUGAAGACAGCCUGGCAGAACUACAGGAAGCCAAAUUAAAGUUAAUGCUGGGCAUCUUGUUGAUGACCCUCUUCCUUUUUGUCAUCCUCUUGGCAAUCUGUAGUGCCGUGCUGUACAAAAUGAAGACAAUGAAAUAUAAAAAAGCUUGUCAGAGUGGUGAAUACUCUGUCAACCCAGAGCUGGCAACUGGUUCUUACUUUCAUCCAUCAGAAGGCGUAUCAGUUACAUCUUUUUCUAAGAUUGCUGAGAGCAGCACAUUUUGGGGCACCACUUCUUCAGAAAUAAGGAAAUCAGACACAAGGUCAAAAUCUAGGACAACGGACAUGGUUUCCACAGGCUCAGAUGAGACAGGCAUGAAUGAUGAGUCAGACUUAAUUCAGAGUGAGGAACAGAGAGAGGAACCCACUGAUGAAUAGACAACUUUAAUUUUUUUGUCAUAAAAAUUAUCUUGGUGACACUCAUGUUAUGAUUUGGAAACUCUGCUGAGACCUUCAAAUUUUCUGGUGUUUUAAAAGGAGGGCAUAAUCAAUAAAAAAUCUCUCAGCUAUAAAAACUAUUUAAUGGAAAAAAAUAGAAGGAAAUAACUUAAGGUGUGGAAAACUUCAUCAGGUAAAAAUGAUCCUGGAAAGUGACUUAAGGAAAGUAUUCAUUCGAGGCUGGUUCUUUUUAAAAUGAGAACAUUUAGUUUUUUACCUUACUUGGGGGCAUUUUGAGGACUUUCAGGGUAAUCACUACUAACUACGCCCCUCCCCACCACCAAAGCAAAAAACAACACACCUGUUCAUGUUUUACUGGCAAAACAGGUGUGCCGUAUCAAGAGACAAAACUAGCACUAGAGACUCUUAGCAUUCUUCAAUUGUUUCCAAGUCAUCAGGGUCCUCUCAUAGGACAGUAAGAUUUAGGACCUUCUAAAGUAUCCAUAACCAUUUGAGAUAACAUUGUUUUUCAGAAGAAAAGAAAAGAAGGAGGGAUCCCAGCAUGUAAUUUCCUAGAGGGGGAUCCACGGACCCUGAAUAUUUUAGAGCUGGAGGACCCUUUCUUCUCUCUUCCCCCAAGCACCCAGGCUCAGUAUGUGCUAUUGGAAGAAAAGCAAACAUCUCAAAGACUAACUGAAGUUAUCAGUGACUUAUGAGCCUAUCUAUCCUAGGAGUAUUUCAGUUUACAAAGAAAAACAAUGGAAUAGGGAACUGUUUCCCUUUUAGGAAUCAGUUUCAACUGGAAGGAUUUUAGGGACAUAU